CAGAACCACGACUUGAGUCGCAGCUGUAAACAGAAGAGAGCAGGAGCCUCAAAAGGUCUGCGUGGAGAAAAAACCCUCGAGGUUUUUGGAGUUUCCCUUUUCCCUACUUUUGUUUAGUUGUCUGGGAUUCAAUCUCCAAGAUGUCUCUGGCGGAUGAGCUCCUGGCUGACUUGGAGGAGGCUGGAGAUGAGGGGGAGGAUGAUCUGUAUCCAGACGGAGAGGAGGGAGAGAGUGAUGGAGAAGCAACUCAGGGAAGGAUGGAUAGAGGCCUGGAAGACAUUCCAGAGGAGAUGGAGGUGGAUUACAGUAAAGCUGAGAGUGUUGCAUCCAUUGCCAAACUCCGCAAUAGCAAACAGUUUUCAGAAAUCACAGACAAAAUUGCAUUAUAUAUAGGAAAGCAACGCAAGAAUUCAGAUGUCUCAGGCCCAGUCGAGUCCGACCCAGAAUACAGGCUGAUUGUAGCGGCCAAUAACCUCACGGUGGAGAUCGACAAUGAGCUCAAUAUCAUUCACAAGUUUACGAGGGACAAAUACUCCAAGAGGUUCCCAGAGCUCGAGUCACUGGUGCCAGAUUCCUUAGAUUAUAUCCGCACAGUUAAGGAAUUGGGAAACAAUCUGGAGAAAUGUAAAAACAAUGAAACGCUGCAGCAAAUCCUGACCAAUGCCACUAUUAUGGUCGUCAGUGUUACAGCAUCAACUACACAAGGGACAUUGCUAAAUGAGGAGGAACUGAAGCAGCUUGAGGAUGCCUGUGACAUGGCCCUGGAGCUGAACACGUCUAAACACAAGAUUUAUGAAUAUGUAGAAUCCAGGAUGUCCUUCAUAGCCCCGAACCUGUCCAUCAUAGUCGGAGCAUCAACUGCUGCAAAGAUCAUGGGUAUUGCUGGUGGCCUCACUAACCUCUCAAAGAUGCCAGCCUGUAAUCUGAUGCUGCUGGGAGCUCAAAGGAGAACCCUCUCUGGCUUCAGCAGCACCUCCCUACUUCCCCACACUGGCUUCAUCUACCACUGUGAUGUUGUUCAGUCAUUGCCACCUGAUCUCAGGAGGAAGGCAGCUCGUCUGGUAUCGGCUAAAUGCACUCUGGCAUCUCGAGUGGACAGUUUCCAUGAGAGUUCAGAUGGAAAGGUUGGCUAUGACCUAAAGGAAGAGAUAGAAAGGAAGUUUGAUAAAUGGCAGGAGCCGCCGCCUGUGAAGACGGUCAAGCCUCUGCCAGCCCCACUAGAUGGACAGAGGAAGAAGAGAGGAGGAAGGAGAUACCGAAAGAUGAAGGAGCGUCUGGGGCUGACGGAGAUCAGGAAACAUGCCAACAGAAUGACCUUUGCAGAGAUUGAAGAUGACGCCUAUCAAGAGGAUCUGGGCUUCAGUCUGGGUCAGCUGGGGAAGAGCGGCAGUGGGAGAGUCAGGCAGGCUCAGGUCAACGAGGCCACCAAGGCCAGGAUCUCCAAAUCCCUUCAGAGGACAUUGCAGAAGCAGAGCAUGUCAUUUGGAGGAAAGUCCACAGUCAGAGAUCGCUCCUCCGGAACCAGCUCCAGUGUAGCCUUCACUCCUCUCCAGGGACUGGAGAUAGUUAACCCGCAGGCUGCAGAGAAGAAGGUGGCUGAAGCCAACCAGAAAUAUUUCUCUAAUAUGGCAGAGUUCGUUAAAGUCAAGAAGGAGACCAAGUGAACUCGCUGUAAUCCUGCACAGACGGCUGCACUCAGCAUAAACGAUGAUGCUACGUUUUAAAUUGUUGUCUGCUUAACCUGAAUUUGUUUUGUUUUUGUUUCUCCCUUUUUAUUAAAAUGUAAAAUCUCCAGUGUC